AUGUCGCUCGUCAAACUGUCAUGCACCGAUCUUUCCGUUGUGACGAUUCGAAUAUUUAGGAACUGGUUGAAUGUCAAUCACGUUUGUUCAAAAAAUCGGUACGCUCAUACCGAUUUGCCACGACCAAAUUUCAAAGAAUUUCGCCGAAAGAAGCUUCAAGACCCAAAUGUGUCUGCAACGCGAAGUAACGAUGAACGAAGAACAGCGACCUACGCUGCGUCUUUCGUUGCCAAUGUCGCAGCUUUGUAUGGAAUAAAAUCUCACAUAGUACACUACGUACUGUUCAUGUCACCGUCUCGAGACAUUUUAGCAGAAGCACAAAUCGAAGUUAGCUUGGUGGGUAUAACGCCAGGGAAGGUGUCGAUUAUGAAAUGGCAGGGAAAGCCAAUUUUCAUUUACAAUCGUCCUCAAUCCAUCAUAGAACGAGAGAGACUAGUGAACGUUGCUCAGUUAAGAGACCCCGAAAGUGACGAAGAAAGAGCAAAAAGACCAGAGUGGUUGAUCGUUACAGGAAUUUGUACGCAUCUUGGAUGCAUCCCAAUCCCUAAUGCAGGAAACAUACCUGGUGGAUUUUAUUGUCCUUGCCAUGGAUCACACUUCGACGGAGCUGGACGAAUACGCCAAGGACCAGCGCCUACUAAUAUGGAGAUACCCAAACAUGAAUUUCUCGAUGACAAUACCGUCCUUAUUGGUUGAUUGAACUGCCAUCACCAUACCUAAUUCUCUUCUUUGUCUUCUCACUAUUCCUUCACAUUCUAUAAACUCAAUGUUUGAUAACGAAAUAACGAUACAUUUGUAAUAUGUAAAACGAACUGUUCCACUUUUCUUGUGUUGUCAAGC